AUGAUGAUGUGCUUUUGUUCUAUGUUUGUUUUCAGUCUUGAUCGGGUUUUGACCACAUUUAUUCUUUUUUCAUUGUUGGUUUUUAGUUGCAGGAUGAACUCUAUUUACGUUACCCCCAUACCGAGCAUUGUUUUUAUUCACAGUGCUGUCAAUUUUCGUGUGUUUUUAGUCGAUCAAUCUUCCUCUCCUAUCCAGACCAAUGAGAAAUUUGCCGUGACACUAUUGUACGAAGACGGAACCCCUGUUAAAGAGUCAUCUUCUGCUAUGUUGUUGAACGGGUUAAAUGGUAAUGGGUUGAUUCCGAACAAUGUAUCAACGGUUUUGGUAAUGUCGCAACUCUCGUAUUGCCACAAAAACCAGAAGUUUAAGCUUAUGGUCGAGGCCACAUUGGGUCGGUCGAUCAAGACCGUAUAUACAAGUCCAUUUCUAGUUGUAAAUUACCAAAUUCGAAUUCGGAAUCCAAUUCCCAAAGAAUGGUACAAGGACGAGGGUGGGAAAAAGAAUAGCAUUUUGCUGCAGCUCGAGUUAGUCGACAUGGCCAACCACGUUGUGACCUACGAAAUUCACCGCAGAAGAAAGAUAGCGCUCCAGCUCACGCUGCUGUACGACGAUUACACGGUGGUGCACAACAUGAAAGAAGGCGGCAAGAGCAUUCUGUGCUACAACGACCAAGAGCUGCAAUUGAACGAGAACGUGCUUUCUUGUUUGUUCGUUGAUUGGAAGGGCACUUGCGAGCUAAACGUUCGAAUCGAGAGUGUAUCCAAGAACCACAAUAGCAAGCUCUUCGUGAUCUGCAUCCAGCCGAACAUCGCUUUGUACCCGCAGAACGCGGAUAUCGCUGGAGGCUACACCACCCCCAUCUGUGUGAAAUCGAAGCGAAUCACUCGAAAACGUUUUGUUAGUUCUGAAUUCCCGAUCCCUGAAUUGGGUGACAAAUCGAAACGUACGUUCUUUUAAAACGCCUCACUCGCAGGACUUCCAUCGUCCUCCGAAGGUACAUUCAGCCGCCCACUCCUAUCCUGUAGCGGUUUCCAUGGAAAAAGCGCAGGAUUCGCUCCGAUUUCUCCUCAACUACACAAUGCAAUGCAACAAGCUCUUCGACGACUUGCAGUGGCAAGUGGUCGGGUACGCCGCCCUUCUUUUCUUUCCCUUACGCACAGCCACGAAAACAUGGGCGGCAGCACGCAGGAGAUCAAGCGCUGUCCCAGCUGCUGGACGUAUUUCGACCAUCGCAAAGACGACCAAGCGCACGCUCCCAACUGCUCCCUCGCUUCUCUUUUCGCUCUGUUUCCACGGUUUCCACGAUUCACGGGUAGACAGGACAGCGUGCUGCAGGCGUUCAGCGUGGUGAAUGGGUACAUCGAGUCCAAUUCCCAUCCCCCCGCGGUGAACUCCUUCCAGUACGGGCUGUCCCCCGUCCCGCAGCCCGGCCUCCCCGCGAUUCUCCCUCCGAGCAGCGUUCCGUUCUACCCUCCGUCGUUCGACCCGAGCCAGCUCGCGCUCAGCUGCGACCUCCCCGAGGAAGCGUCCUGCGUGUGCAUCUUCAAGUCGAUGCAGGUACCUCCGCGCUGCGGUCUCGACCGUAGAACAUGCAGUACUUCCCCGUUCUCAAUCGCUCGAACAAGCUGGUCGCUCGCUCUCCCUUCUGCUCACGCGUAGAUUGGGAUUUUGUACUACGGACAGACCUCCGGGCAGUACCAGAUGCUCUACUACCAGCGCGAGCUCUUGCAGCCGCUGCUCUGCCAGCAGACGGAGACCGUGCUGGGGACCGAGGAGCUGCUGCGGAUCGAGCGGCAGGCGCAGUCGAUCGAGCAGUUUAAGAAGCAGAUCUCGCUGCAUCUGAGCGAGUAUUUCUCCU